GGGAGCUCAUGGUUAGGAAAAGAAAAAAAAUAUAUAGCUAAGAACUGAUAUUCUGAUGGCAGAUUACUAAAUGCUUUAUAUCAAUUUAACCUGCCUUUAAGACUUAAUCUGUUUGAGUUGUGCUUUAGAUGCCUUGGAGACACAUGGCUUUAGAGGACAUCUGACAUUUCCCUUUUGGCAGAGGGAGGACGGAAAAAGACUUAUUUUGGUCUGUGUUACAGAACUGGCAUCCAGGGGAAUCUGCUCUCACAUGAAGUGACUCUCAUUCAGAUCUGCGGUUCAUCUAAAUGUAUGUGGAGCUUGGAAUAAGUUGAUCAAUAGGCAACCACUUUGAAACCCGUUAUUUGUUUUUCAGACACAUCAGUGGUGACAACUGACUUGCUAACAGACAUGAAGUAAAAUGACGAGCAGCAACUCAGCUGCAGAAUUACAAGCAGACGAGACUCGACAGUCUGUUCCCCACUGCACGGCCUAGAUCUUCUACUGGGAACCCAACAAAAAACCUGACUCUGAAGCAUGACUUGAACCUGCAGAUGAGAAAAGGUAAUUCUCUAAAGGACCAAUGAAAGCCAACGAUGACAAGUUGUGGUCAACAGUCCUUGAAUGCGCUGAUGGUUCUGCUUUCAUUAUUCUUGUCAGCAGCAUUGUCUGCACAUUUUCGGGUCUGCGAGCCAUAUACGGACUACAAAGGUCGCUACCACUUUGGUUUUCACUGCCCACGUCUUUCUGACAAUAAAUCUUACAUCUUUUGCUGUCACCAUAACAACACAGUAUUUAAAUAUUGCUGCAAUGAGACAGAAUUUCAGACUGUUAUGCAGAUGAACCUAACAGGGAAUGCAGAUGGAUAUAUGCAUAACAACUACAGCGCACUAUUAGGAGUGUGGAUCUAUGGCUUUUUCGUGGUGAUCUUGCUGGUCCUGGACCUUUUAUAUUACUCUUCAAUGAACUAUGAUAUUUGCAAAUUGUACCUGGCACGGUGGGGAAUCCAGGGAAAGUGGAUGACACACGGACAGAGCCGGUGGAUUAACCCUGCUCAGGAUCCAGGCCGAGUACAGACACAGCCUCAGCCAGAGGCGCAGCCUCAGCCUCAGCCUCGGUCUCAGCCACAGCCUCAAACAUCACAGACAGUACAUACUUUAAAAGGAGAUGCUUUAAGCCCACCCCUGAUGUCUUUUCAGAGUACAUCUGCCUGUAUGGAAACCAUCUGAGGGCUGUCCAAAGGCCUGUGGGGUCUGAAGCCAGGUCCUGGUUGGAUGUACCUUUCGCAACCCAAACACCGUCACAGAUUCAGAAAAGAGACCAGCAAGUGAAUGAGCUUAAAGUGUUGUGGCUUGCCUCACGGUGCUUCUUCCAGGUCAUCGCUGAGCAACAUGAGCUGGGCUCUUCUCCUCUUCUCUUCUUCUUAUAAGAAUCUGCAGUGGGUAGUCUGAGUUAAGCUUUUUUAACAGCUGGAGCUCAAACAGCAACAAGCAGCAGAAAACUAUAUUGAUGUGCCUCAAGAUGGGAGAGGUAAGAUCAGACUCCAAGGAGCAGCUUUCGAGAAAACUAACUAAAUGACAGAGCAGAAAAAAAGGUGGAUAAGCAGGAGGAAGACUACAGAAUGGAGGUGGAUCAAGUCACCUAAAGAGCAUCACCAUUCAGACAACUUCUGUAGGCAAAUGACGUAGAAGGAGUUUCCAGGAGGAAGUAGCCUGUAGAUACUCUCUGGCUGAAAUUCUGAUUUUGCCUACCAAUUAAUUUAUGGAUAUAUCCAUGUCAUAGCUGAUGAGCAACUUUUCAUCCAUUAUAUCACUAUAAUCAUCUGAUAGCCUAUCUAGUUUAGCAGAAUAUAAGAUCCUAAGACUAAUACUAGUUGGGCCUUAAGCUAAGGGGAAAUAGCGCACUGUGUUGUUUCCCUAGCACCAUCACCAUCGGCCCCUCUCCCGUAUUGUCUGAGACGCUGUAGAAGAGCGCUGGCGAGACAAACGACCACCUGAACAUCUCAACCAUCUCUAAAGCGGUGCUCUGCGAUCCCUGUACAUUCAACAACUCAUGAAAAAUAAUUAUGGCAACCCAGAUAAACCGUACUGAAUUCUUCAAGUAAUUCUGCAGAAAGAGACUGGUUCAAGCACAAUCUCUCUUUAAAGAAAAGAUUUUUGAACUAAAAUAAAUAUACUUUCUCUUUGUCCAUCCUAAUAUAAUUGGGAAAAAAGUGGAUAUAAAAGUACCCUUUACAGAAGUGUAGAAUGCCAUUGUACACCCUGUUUAGCAAGGGCAACAAGUGCAUUUCAGUGGCUGUUACGAUCCUCAUGCUCCAACAAGCCUCUUUCCUUGUCCAACAUGUUUUCUCUCUUAAGUUUUACUAGGAACUGAGUGUCCAACUUCCUAAUGAUUGCUGUGUAGAACAUAGGACAUAAAAAAUAUGUUAUAAAGCUUGUGCAGGGCUCGGUGUUGUAAUUAACCAUCAUUUGUGCCUCGUAUGAAUCUUACAAACGAAGUGAAAACAAUCUGGCCUCUUAAUGUAUACCUUCAGCAUAUUGUAGCAGCUAUUUUAGAUACCUGUUUUUGAUAGUUUUAUUAUGGCUGUAAUUUCUGUACGAGGACUGUCCUCAUGAAGAAGUUAUGAAGUAACAUGUCAAAGUGAUUUUUAAAGUCAGUUCUAUUUAACUACCAGUAGUGAUCUCUGAAAAGUAAGGUAACAAAGACAAAAACCACCCACUCUCCAGAAGGAAAUAUAUUUUUCAGCCUUGAAAACUCUCCUGUGUAAGAAAGACAUGCAUUUCUUCCAGUUCUCCUCUUACAGAAAUGGUAAAUUACUAGGAAUAUAAGAUAUACGGUACAGUAGUCUAUUUUAAUAGUCUGCAGUCAAAUUUUAGGCUAAUUAAGCUAAUUAGAAAUUCUAGGGUUACAGUAGUUACUCACUCUUUAUUAAUACAUUGACAAGAAUACUGUUUACAUAACACUUGAUGUUUGAAUUCAAUACGUGCCAGUGUCCAGUGAUCUGCUAACCUAGUUUUUGGAUCUAAUCCUGUCCUAUUUUUUGCAGUAUACUCUAACUUCAUAUUAUGAAUCAUGUUGUCUUUCUACAGUGAUUGCCAGGUAAACCAAAAACGUGUUUUACACUGCUAAUGCACUGCUCUUGUCUUUAUAUACAGUAGUUUUUAUAAAGAUGUCCUUAGGUUUUAAUAAAUGAGUGUAAUGUAAACUAAUCUCUAUAAUAA